AUGGAGAAGAGAUUCAAGGUGUGGAUAUACAAGGAAGGAGAACCGCCCAUCGUCCACGACGGGCCGGGCGCAAGCAUCUACGCCAUCGAAGGCCACUUCAUGAGCGAGAUGGAGGGCAAGACGAGCCCCUUUGUAGCGCGUCAUCCUGCAGAAGCACACGCCUUCUUCCUCCCCUUCAGUGUAGUCAACAUCGUGCAUUUCUUCUACAGACCCAAAGCCAACGGUUACUGGGAACACAUGAAACGACUGAUAGCCGAUUACAUAGACGUCAUUGCAGACAAGCAUCCGUACUGGAAGCGAAGCCUCGGUGCAGUCCAUUUCAUGGUGUCUUGUCAUGGCUGGGUAAACCUUCACAUGAGCAAAUCGAUGGUCAGUGUAAUGCGGUUCUCGUAUCAGUAUCACAAACUCCCAUUAAUCUGUGCUGAUACCAUUCAGGCUCCGCCGCUAUCGCAUGCGAACCCUGAGCUCUAUCAGAACUCCAUCCGGGUGAUCUGCAACGCCAACACGUCCAAGGGAUUCAAGCUUGGAAAGGACGUGACGCUGCCGGAAGUGCAUCUCUCGGACGGACUGCUCUCGCAGCCACCUCGAGACCAGCUCCACACUGAAAGGACGACUCUCGCGUUCUUCGCCGGUGGCUCGCAUGGCUACAUCAGGCAGAUGCUACUCCACCAUUGGAAAGGGAAAGACACGGAGGUGGUGGUCCAUGAGUAUCUUCCCAAGGGAACGAGCUACGGUGAGUUGAUGAGGAAGAGCAAGUUCUGCUUGUGCCCGAGCGGGUACGAGGUGGCGAGCCCCAGGAUCGUGGAGUCAAUAUUCAUGGGAUGCGUCCCGGUGAUCAUCUCCGUGGACUAUCCGCUUCCCUUCUCCGAUGUGCUGGAUUGGAGCAAGUUCUCUGUUCAGAUACCGGUGAAGAAGAUACCCGAGAUCAAGACGACACUUCAAGGGAUCUCGGAGAGACAGUACAAGGUGUUGCGGCGGAGGGUGCUGCUGGUGCAAAGGCAUUUUGGGCUGCAUCGGCCGGCCAAUAGAUGCGAUCUGAUCCAUAUGGUGCUUCAUUCAAUAUGGCUGAGAACACUAAACGUGAGGCUUUCUUAUUGACCUGAGAGGAAUAUUAGAUUCCUGGAGACAAAAAUGAUGUGAUUUUGGGGAAAUGAACCAUUACUUCU